UUGAGAAGGAUGAAUGAAAUGAACCUAAGCCCAGUGGGGAUGGAGCAGUUGACCUCCUCCUCUGUGAGCAAUGCCUUGCCUGUCUCGGGAGGACACCUGGGCUUGGCUGCGUCGCCCACGCACAGCGCCAUCCCUGCCCCGGGUCUGCCAGUGGCGAUUCCGAACCUGGGUCCGUCCCUGAGCUCCCUGCCUUCUGCUUUGUCUCUGAUGCUUCCGAUGGGAAUUGGGGACCGUGGGGUGAUGUGUGGGUUGCCCGAGAGAAGCUACGCCCUCCCCCCGCCGCCAUACCCUCCCCUGGAGAGCAGCUACUUCAGGACCAUCCUCCCUGGCAUCUUGUCCUACCUAGCGGAUAGGCCGCCGCCUCAGUACAUCCACCCCAACUCCAUCAGUGUCGAUGGCAACGCGGCCCUGUCCAUCAGCAGCAAUGCCUCGGCUCUGGAUCCCUAUCAGUCCAGUGCAAGUGUCGGGUUGGAACCGGGCAUUGUCCCAAUGGACUCCCGUCCUGUGAACACGCAUGGUGCCCAGAGUCUGCAUCCCAGCGAUGGCCAUGAGGUGGCCUUGGACACCACAAUCACCAUGGAGAACGUUUCCAGGGUCACCAGCCCACUCUCCACGGAUGGGAUGGCAGAGGAGCUCACCAUGGACGGCGUUGCCGGCGAGCAUUCCCAAAUCCCAAAUGGCUCCCGAAAUCACGAGCCACUGUCUGUGGAUUCUGUGAACAGCAACCUUGCCACAGACACCGUGGGACACGGCGGUGUGCUCCCCAUUCACAGCAGUGGCCUCGAGCUGCCCGUGGUCAUGGAGGCAGACCACAUUGCUGGCCGGGUGAGCGGGCUGCCCGACAACACCCUCAGUGACCCCAUCCACACCGUGGCCAUGAGCACCAACUCUGUCAGCGUGGCGCUGUCUACCUCACAUAACCUCGCCUCCCUGGAAUCGGUGUCCCUCCAUGAAGUUGGCCUCAGCCUUGAGCCUGUGGCUGUCUCCUCCAUCACCCAGGAGGUUGCUAUGGGGACAGGUCACGUGGAUGUGUCUUCAGACAGUCUUUCUUUUGUACCGCCUUCACUGCAAAUGGAAGAGUCUAACUCUAACAAGGAGAACAUGGCAACCUUGUUUACAAUUUGGUGCACGCUGUGUGACCGAGCCUACCCCUCUGACUGCCCCGAUCACGGACCGCUGACUUUUGUUCCCGAUUCUCCGAUAGAGAGUAGAGCAAGGCUGUCUCUCCCGAAGCAGCUUGUUCUCCGCCAGUCAGUCGUGGGAGCGGACAUCGGUGUGUGGACCGGAGAGACCAUUCCCGUGCGGACGUGCUUUGGGCCUCUGAUUGGUCAGCAGAGUCACUCCAUGGAGGUGGCCGAGUGGACAGAUAAGGCUGUUAACCACAUCUGGAAGAUCUAUCACAGCGGCGUCCUGGAGUUCUGCAUCAUCACAACUGACGAAAACGAAUGCAACUGGAUGAUGUUUGUGCGCAGAGCCAGGAAUCGGGAAGAACAGAAUUUGGUGGCUUAUCCCCAUGAUGGCAAAAUCUACUUCUGCACCUCGCAAGACAUCCCUCCUGAAAACGAGCUGCUUUUCUAUUACAGCCGGGACUACGCUCAGCAGAUGGGUGUUCCUGAGCACCCAGACGUGCACCUCUGUAACUGCGGGAAGGAGUGCGGCUCCUACACUGAGCUCAAGGCCCAUCUGACCAGCCACAUCCACGGCCACCUCCCUAGCCAGGGCCAGGGUGGCCACGGGCCCGGCCACGGCAAAGAGAGGAAGUGGAAGUGCUCCGUGUGCCCACAGGCCUUCAUCUCCCCCUCCAAGCUGCAUGUCCACUUCAUGGGCCACAUGGGGGUGAAGCCCCACAAGUGUGAUUUCUGUAGCAAGGCUUUCAGUGACCCCAGCAACCUGAGGACCCACCUCAAGAUACACACGGGCCAGAAGAACUACCGGUGCACUCUCUGCGACAAGUCCUUCACCCAGAAGGCGCACCUGGAGUCCCACAUGGUCAUCCACACCGGGGAGAAGAACCUCAAGUGUGACUACUGCGACAAGCUCUUCAUGCGGAGGCAGGACCUCAAGCAGCAUGUGCUCAUCCACACACAAGAGCGGCAGAUCAAAUGUCCCAAGUGUGACAAGCUGUUCUUGAGGACAAACCACCUGAAGAAACAUCUGAAUUCACAUGAAGGGAAACGCGACUACGUGUGUGAGAAGUGCACGAAGGCCUACCUGACCAAGUACCACCUCACCCGCCACCUGAAGACCUGCAAGGGGCCGGCCUCCGGCUCCUCCGCCCCUGAGGACGAGGAGGAGGACUCCGAGGAGGAGGACCUGGCGGACCCCGUGGGAACGGAGGGCUGCAGGGUGAGCGGCGCGCUGUACCCGGCAGACGAGCCUCUCCCCACACACAAGUAAUGGCGUGGCCAGCCGCCCUCACGGGGGUGGUCUUACAAAACGGUCUCUGGUUUCCUUCCAGCCAGCAGUCCCAACGGCUGAGGAGUGGAGGUGGCCCUUAGGAAGAGUCUCUGGGAAAAACACUAGCAGACGGGGAGGAAGGUGGGCAUGCCGAUUCUGGCGAUGGUGGGCAAGGGCCGGCUUUUUUUGAGGUUCUUUUAUUUCCAUGACAAUCUGGGAGAUGGGUUUAUGCCUGCGCGCAGGAGGCCCUCUGCCCAAGCCAGUCACAGUUAGUUUGUAGUCUGCAUCCUUCCCCCUCCUGCCCGGGGUAGGUGACAUCCUACUCGUGCUCCCCGCCCGCAGUCCUUGGGGCUGGCUCUUGCAUGCAUGCUGUGGCUGAUGUGCACCGCCAGGGGCCUGGGGCAUCGCCUGAGUGUGCGCCGCUGUCCAUCACUCGCGGGCUGGAGCUGUUCCCAGUGCAGCCUGCCUUGGCCACUGGAGAGUCCAGGCAGGCCUGAUGUCAGAGUUUCCAGCAGGUAUCGGGGGCAGCCAGAGAAGGGAGCGGCCAGUCAGUGGGCACAGAUGGUGGGAGAGGAGGAUGCUGGCGCCUGAGGGGCUUGGCAGGCCUGGCCAUCUCUAGUAAAGCACGGCCGAUGACAGGGACGCAGAGCCCAGAGCACCCAGACGAGCGCCCGCCUGUCUCCGCACCAGGUGCUCUCUGUUCCACAGGAAGGAAGGGAGGCAUGGCCUUUGUGCCCCAUGGGAAGGAUCUCGCCACAGUUGGCGUGUUCCCAAGUCAGAGCAUGGCAUCUCCCGGGCGGGUACCCUGGGGGGCUGGGCCCUCCCGGUGAGCUGUGCGGGGAACUGCCCUGGCAAACGCAGGGUGCCCGAGGGUGUGGAAGGCACAGGGGCUUCAUAGCCACCGUGGGAGCACACGCACCAGGCUCUGCAGAAGCAGAUGCACGCAGCGCGCUCUGGCGUGCCGCUGUACCUCGGCUGGGGCAGAGGAUGCUGGCCAAGGUUUUGCUGCUGCUGUAUUUAUGGAAUGAGUAUCUUCAUUCAGAUCUGUAUUCCUCUAGGAAGGAUGAAAAUAAACUUUUUUUUUU